CAGUCCAAGUCAUCGUGUUUAGAUGUAUUUAGGUAUUUGUAUACGUUUUCGCACUUCACUCAAAUGCUCUUCGUCGCUGCUUCAGAACUCGUCAUUAGCUGAACUUUGGCGAAACAGCUAUAAACGACCAGAAACAUCUUGUGGCAUUCCAUUUGCCAUCAGUUGCUUUUCGUCCAAUUCCUCCUCGUUACUCGUGUGUACUCAUUUGAGUACAGUCAAACUUGAACAUACAUUCUAAUUACAUCAAAUCAGUUAAAAUAAUUUAUUCCCGGCAAAUCAAACAAACAACCUUUACAUAUACAUAAUCUUAGAUCAAAUAAGUAGUAACUUCUAUUACUGUAAACAACGACAC